CUGAGAAGAAUGGCUCACACAAAUGGCUCUUUUGUGACUGAAUUCAUCCUAGUGGGGUUAACAAACCAGUCAAGUCUCCAACUGCCUCUUUUCUUCUUGUUUCUAGUUGUAUAUUUGAUCACAUGUUUUGGAAAUUUUGGCCUGAUAACUUUAAUUAUGUUAAACUCACACCUCCACACCCCCAUGUACUUUUUUCUUUUUAAUUUGUCUUUUAUUGACUUCUUUUACUCCACUGUAAUUACACCCAAAAUGUUGAUGACCUUCAUAUCAGAGAAGAAUAUUAUAUCAUAUGUGGGGUGCAUGACACAGUUCUACUUUUUUUGCUUUUUUGUCGUUUCUGAAUGUUACGUGCUGACAUCAAUGGCCUAUGAUCGCUAUGUGGCCAUCUGUAAACCACUUUUGUACAAUGCAAUCAUGUCCCCUAAAGUCUGCUUCCACCUUAUGCUUGGUUCAUACCUGACAGCUUUUGCACAUGCCAUGAUUCAUACUGGGUACAUUCUCAGACUGACCUUCUGUGAUGCUAAUAUAAUCAACCACUAUUUCUGUGAUGCCAUUCCCUUGCUUGAGCUUUCCUGCACCAGCACUUACGUCAAUAAAAUAGAAAUUUACAUUGUGGUGGGUGUUGACAUCAUUGUUCCCAGCUUCACUAUCUUCAUCUCUUACGGCUUCAUUCUCUCCAGCAUCCUGCACAUUAGCUCCACUGAGGGCAGGUUCAAAGCCUUCAGCACCUGUAGUUCUCACUUAAUUGCUGUUUCUUUUUUCUUUGGGUCAGGUGCAUUCAUGUAUCUUAAGCCAUCUUCUUCUGGGUCACAGACUAAGGGAAAGAUCUCUUCUGUUUUUUAUACCAUUGUGGUACCCAUGAUGAAUCCGUUAAUCUACAGUUUGAGGAAUAAAGAUGUUAAAAUUGCCUUGAGAAAAACCCUAAGUAGGAUCAAGUUUUAA